GGGGCGGGGCGCGCGGGCCGUCCGGCCGGUUCCUCUGCGUUCCGCGGCGGCGGUGGCGGCGGCGGCGACAUGGAGAGCGGGGCCUACGGCGCGGCCAAGGCGGGCGGCUCCUUCGACCUGCGGCGCUUCCUGACGCAGCCGCAGGUGGUGGCGCGCGUCGUGUGCAUGGUCUUUGCCUUGAUCGUGUUCUCGUGCAUUUUCGGCGAGGGCUACAGCAACACCCAUGCGUCGAAACAGAUGUACUGCGUGUUCAACCACAACGAGGACGCCUGCCGCUACGGCAGUGCCAUUGGCGUGCUGGCCUUCCUGGCCUCGGCCUUCUUCUUGGUGGUCGAUGUGUAUUUCCCCCAGAUGAGCAACGUCACUGACCGCAAGUACCUGGUCAUUGGCGACCUGCUCUUCUCAGCUCUCUGGACCUUCCUGUGGUUUGUUGGUUUCUGCUUCCUUACCAACCAGUGGGUAGCCACCAGGUCAGAAGACGUGCUGGUGGGCGCCGACUCAGCCCGGGCAGCCAUCGCCUUCAGCUUCUUCUCCAUAUUCUCCUGGGGAGUGCUAGCCUCCCUGGCCUACCAGCGCUACAAGGCCGGCGUGGACGACUUCACCCAGAACUACGUGGACCCCACUCCGGACCCCAGCACAGCCUAUGCCUCCUACCCGGGGGCACCCGUGGACACCUACCAGCAGCCGCCCUUCACCCAGAGCGCCGAGACCACCGAGGGCUACCAGCCGCCCCCUGUGUACUGAGGAGCAGGGGGUGGGAGGGGACAGGGAGCACUGGGCCUGCCCUCCGCCCUGGACUUUCCCCACAUGGCCUGCCCCCCGGAGCUGCCAGCCCUCCCCGGUGCCUGCUGAGGCUGCCACGCAGCUAAAGAGCCCCCAAGUGCUGUGCCUAGAGGGCUUCCCAGGCACCCACUCACUCAAGGGCAUUUUUUAGGAGAGGGUUUUUACUAGUUGGGUUUCCUUGUUGCUUUAAAUGACCCCAGCCCUGCUUGGAGUAGCUAGAAGUGGGAAGGUGCCCCCUGUGCCAUUUCGACAAGUGCCUUAGCUUCUCCCCCAGCGUGAAGGAGCAGAGCCCAGGUCAAGGCUGCGGCAGCUGCGGUUGCGGGGGUUCUCUGCCAAAGACAGAGGUUGGGGGCUCGCGCCUGUCUCCUGCUGCUGGUGCUGGGCUCCGGCUCCCUGCCUCCUCCUCACUCAGGUUUGUCUCCCACACCCCGCUGCCCCUGCCUGGCCUCGGGCUGGGCCUCGUGCUCACUGCUGUUUGGUCUGGGGUCACCACCCUGUGCCAGUGCCCUUGCGUUGCCUUUGGUGGCAUGGGGGCGGGGCUGGUGCCCUUCUUGCCCCCACCCCCUGGCAGCAGGGAGGGGCUUUGCCUGACGACACCCAGCUUUAUGUAAAUAUCCCGCCAUUGCUCGUUAACGUGGGGAGGGGCAGGGGCUGUGCAGAAUGUAUUAUAAAGCCUUGGAGAAGAUGCCCUGCCCUCCCUCAGUGGAUUCUGCUAGAUGGCUGGAGAUGGAAUAAAUGUUUUCUCCAUUGUCA